AUGGCCGCAAAUAAGGCAACCCGCUUGGGCGAGGAGAUCUGGAAGACUCGGAUAGACAAAGUCAACGCCGAGCUCGUCACCCUUACUUACGGAACGAUCGUUGCGCAACUAUGCAAGGACUACGACAGCGAUUAUGCCGAGGUUAACAAGCAGCUGGACAAGAUGGGGUACAAUAUCGGCCUCCGUCUCAUUGAGGACUAUUUGGCCAAAUCCAACACGAUGAAGAGAUGCGCAAACUUUCGCGAGACAGCAGACAUGAUUGCCAGGGUCGGCUUCAAAAUCUUCCUUAAUAUCACACCGCAAGUGACGAAUUGGACGACAGAUAACAAGCAGUUCUCGCUCGUCUUUGAUGAGAAUCCUCUGGCUGACUUCGUCGAGCUGCCCGACGACGAGCGAGCCCAGGAUGAGCUGUGGUACUCGAAUAUCUUUUGCGGCGUGCUGCGAGGAGCAUUGGAGAUGGUGCAGAUGCAAGUGGAGGCGCAUUUCAUCAGCGACGUCCUCCGGGGCCAUGACACGACAGAAAUGAGGGUGUCAUUAGUGCGGUACAUUGAUGACGAACUCCCGCCGGAAGAUGAUUGA